CUCUCUAAAGAGAGAUUGGAUGGUAUUUUAACAAAUCGGAAUUGAGAAAUUAUCGGACAAGCGGAGCUGGCAAUUCCAGCGAGAGCGAGUGAAACUAUUCCGCCUCGAAAAAUUUCGCCGGAAAGUGGGCGUAAUCGGCCGGCUUCCCCCCUGCAUGUGUACAGAUGAAAGUCGCUAAGAGCAACUACUUCUUUUCAUCUUUUUGCUUCAAUUUCCUUUUCACGAUCAUUCUGCUGGCAUUGAAUCCAGUUCUAAGCAUCCGAUUCCCAGAUCGGAUCCCGGAGGUUCCACAGGAUGCCUCUAAUCAGCCAUUACAAACUGCAGUUUUCUCUCUCGGAAGCUUCUGGAGAUCGGAAGCGUCAUUUGGCUGCUUAAACGGAAUCGUAAGAACCACCGUCGGUUAUUCUGGUGGUUCAAAAGCCAAUCCCGAGUACAGAAAUUUGGGCGACCACGCUGAAUCUGUACAGGUCGAGUAUGACCCCCGAGUACUUGGUUUCAGACAACUAUUGGAGGUCUUUUGGGCUAGCCAUGAUUCCAGGCAAGUCUUUGGGCAAGGUCCUGAUGUGGGUAACCAGUACAGGUCUAUUAUUUUCACAAGCGGCACUGAGGAAUCCAGAUUGGCUGCUGUUAGCAAAGAAAGAGAACAAUCAAAGUCAAAGAGCAGCGUUGUUAUCACUCAAAUUCAACAGCUUGAAGCUUUUUAUCCUGCAGAGCCUGAACAUCAGAAAUUUGAGCUCAAGCGGAACCCCUUCCUACUUCAAUUGAUGGGAAACUUGCCUGAGGAGGAGCUUGAGAGAUCAACACUGGCUACAAAACUAAAUGGCUAUGCAGCAGAGCUUUGUUCAUCAAGAAUCCAAAAGCGGAUUGAUGCAAAGAUCAAUGAUAUUAUCAAGAAAGGUUGGCCCAUUCUCAAAGAAGUUUAGUAAUGUCUCGCAGAUGACAGAAUACCUUCAUGCAAAUUCAUCCUACACUAAAGAUUCUGAAGUCUGAAUAGCGAGCAGAGACCUUUUUACAGAGAUUAAUCAAAAUUUGUUUGUACAAUCAGAAUAGGUUGAUUGGAGUAGACUGAGCAGAUACGUUUUUUGGCGGGGAUUAAUCAAAAUUUUUUGUACUAUCUGAAUGUUCUGUAUAGGUAAAUUGCACCAAAACUGAACAUUAUUGUGAUACAAGGCUGUGGGACCUUAAAAUCAUGUUGUUGUAGCACUUUAUAAUUCAUGUAUGCUUGGCUACCCCGUUUUCAUGUUGUAGUAAUUGCAAUUUGCAAAUAC